AUGGAGAACAGCGAACGGGUCACCAGCCCCGAGGGAGCUUCGAGGGUGUCAACACGAGACACAUCUCGUGUGCUCUCGAGAGACUACGCUGAGCAGAAUCUGUCGAGAUCGCCGUCUCAAAAUCAGCCUCGUGCUAAUUACACCGAGUUCAACUUUGGCCCAGCGACACUGCGUCAUCGCAUCAGUAGCCUAGGAACGAGUCAAAAUCUAAGCCCGGGCCCAGCACGAGCUUGGGGAAGAGACUAUGCCGAGUCCAGCAGAAGAUCUGUUGCCAUUGCUGCGCCUUCAGCACGAGGGGAUGUCACUGACACUGCAUCCCGCAAAUUCUCCCUGGCAGGUCCACAACCCGUGGAAACUUUGGCCGCGAACCAACCAUACAUCGAUCCGGGAUAUACACAACUCAACCCUGCUUAUGAUCAGCCAACGAAUGUCCGGCCCGUAUGGGGCUUGGCUAAACCUUUGCCUCGCGUGCUAAGACCUGGUAUGGUUCCAGCAAAGGACGAACUUGAGCAGGAAGUCCAAGAAGAGGAAAGAGAGGUCCAGCAGCCAGCGACCGCAGAUAUUGAGGCUGGCAGAAUCGAACCCUCCCUCAGGCCUGACAAGGUAUCCUCCCAGUUAGACGCUAUCCGACGGGAGAGAGAAAUAUCGUUAUACCGCUCCUACCAAAACCAGUACCAAGAGUCGCCGGCAUUUUCACCCUUUGGCGCCGGUCGAAGAACUUCAGAUGCGCCGACUGAAACACCAUACACCCGGAUUCGACCGGAAGACACGAUUGAGGAAGAAGUCGGCUCUGAGCCACAACAGGCAGAACAAGUCGAGCCGCCAGAACUGUCGUUGCCCGAAGCAGUGGCAAAUGUCAAGCAAGCAAGGGAGGAAGAGGAAUUGAAAGACGUACCCUACCAAGAUGCAGUUCCUUUGGCAGCUUAUCAAGCCGAAGACGAAGAGGUCCACAACCUGCAUACAUAUUGGUCGAUUAUCCGGCUGCGCUUUCGAGAGCCGUUGGCCGAGCUCCUGGCAAUCAUGGUUCAGUACACACUCGGAUUCAGCGCCAACCUGUCAAUGACUGUAUCACGUGGCACAGCUGGGGUCAACGAUACAGGAGCCUGGGCAUGGGGACUUGCGACUAUGUUAGCCAUCUAUAUCGCUGGCGGGAUAUCCGGCGCUCACCUGAACCCAGCAAUAUCACUGAUGCUCUACAUCUAUCGGGGAUUUCCGUUGCGCAAAAUGCCUAUGUAUGUCGCGGCACAGAUGCUCGGUGCUUUCCUUGCAGCUUUGAUUGCCUUCGGCAUCUUUCAACCCGCGUUACCACAUGCGUCAGCGGUAUCAACGGUGGUGUUAUCCAAUUUUCUCACCUUCCCACGCGCUCUUUGGGUCAACAGCAGUACAGCAUUUCUUGCCGAACUCAUGGGUACAGCCAUUUUGACUAUCUCGGUGCUCGCGCUGGGCGAUGACACCAAUGCUCCUCCCGGGGCUGGAAUGAACGCCUUCAUAGUCGGCCUGCUGGUUACCGUCCUUGGUAUGGCAUUCGGUUACAUCACUGGUCUAGCCAUGAAUCCAGCCCGCGACUUCGGUCCCCGCCUUGCCAUGCUCGUCCUCGGCUACGGCACCCCCAAAACCCUCUUCGCAGACGGCUACUGGUUCAAGGUGGCAUGCUUAGGACCCAUUAUCGGUGCGAUUUUGGGAGGUCUUCUUUAUGACGCGGCAAUAUUCGUCGGCGGCGAAAGUCCUGUGAACUAUCCCACGAGACGGAUUCGACGGGCCGCGCGGAAGUGGAGGAAGCGGUGGAAAGCGAGGAUGAACUUCAGACGUACAAAGCAAACAAAACGAUGA